AUGAACUCACAACGUCCUUACGAACGCUAUAAUAUUAUGCGUUACGGAUUUGCGUCAGAAACAGGAGAAGAUCCGUUUAUAAAUGGUCGUCUGUCAAAUGUAUUGGAGACAGAUGCAGAUCAUCAAGAAUUACGGCGAGUAACACUUGAAAACAUCUCGCUUUCUAUGGAAGAAUUAGCAAAUAAAGUUCGGGAAGAAGAAUGUGGUACACAAUCAGAAAAAUAUAGACAAGUGUUUGGGAUUAGCUGGUUAAUGAGAAAUUGUGAAGCUAUUCCAGAUGUAGCUGUUCCUCGAAAUCGUAUUUAUGCACAUUAUGUUUCAGUAUGCGCACACGAAAGAAUAAAACCAUUAAAUCCGGCGUCAUUUGGAAAGCUUGUAAGAAUGGUAUAUCCGGAUAUCAAAACGAGAAGACUAGGAGUACGAGGACAGUCGAAAUAUCAUUAUUGUGGUAUGAAACUUCGUGACGAUCAUCUUUCAACACAUAUUAACCCGUCAAAAUCGGAACUUAAGAAUACACAUGAAGAAAAUCCUACAUAUACGGAAUCCGUACAUACAUCAUCAUUUCUCAAAGCAUUCGAUCCUUUAUUGGUACAUUCGAAUGUUGAGCCAGAGAAGUCAACAGAUCCCUUAAUUAACUUUGUUUUUAAAUCAAAACAUCUUUAUUUUCCAUCAUAUUCAUCGACAUCUAAUUCUAGUGCAAUGUCUCCUUUGGCAUCAUUUACAUUACCCGAUAUUAAUCAAUAUCUUCCGCCUGAUGUUGAUGCAGAUACAAAGAAUACUCUUAUUUCUUUAUAUACAUCUCAUUGUAGCUCAUUAAUUGAAUCGAUUCGAUAUAUGAGAUUAAAACAGUUUCUUACGAUUACAUCUUCUUUUCAUAAUUCCCUCACGGUUCCGGUUCAAAAACUUCUUUCAUCACCAUUUUUAGCAAAUUGGGUUCAAAGAGCAGAUUUUGAAAUGUAUAGGGAAAUUAUACGAUUAUUGUCACCCCUUGCAUUACAAGUAGUACCACCUCAAAUUCUUUCAUCUUUGCGUGUUCUUUCAUCAACAUUGAUUAAUCAUAUUACGCAUACAUUAUCUAUCCAUCCUCAGCAUUUUGUUCGUGCUAAGGUUGUUCCAGCAGUCGCUUUUUCUGCACUUUUAUCAAGACUUUUACGCGUUAAUGAUACAGCACAUGCAGCAGCACGAUUUUUAACCAAUCCAGCUGAUCGAGAAUUAAUGAGAAAUGAUUGGCUUAGAUAUAUUGACACACGUGCAAUCGUAAAUAGAGAACUCCCUUGCAAAGAAGAUGAAGCCGUUAAAAUUCUUGACGAUGUAAUUCAACUCUUAUACGGAUCAAAUCAAUUAAAUAUCCCUAAAAAAAAUUCAACAAAUAAAGUAGGAUCUUCAUCAAUUUCAUCAGCAGAUACAUCACAGGCAGAUCAUUCAAUAAAUAAUGAUGGCACAAAUACUUUAGAUGGUUCUCUAAAUCGCUGGGCGGAUUAUUUUUCCUCCUUACCAAGUCGUUUUCCAAACGUUUCACCAAAAUUAUUUCUUUUAUGUGCAGGAACCGUUGAAACAGCUAUUUUAAGAGAAAUUACUGUAGCUGGUGGUGAAUCCUUUGGCGCUUGGUGGGUCGUACGAUGCUGGAUUGACGAAUGGUUAUGUUGGAUUAGCGAACGUGGUGGUUUCCUUGAAAUACAAUUACUUGAACAAAUAAAUCCUUCCCUUGAGAAAAAUCCUGAUACGCAGGCACUUACGGACGAUCCCAAUACAACGCUGGCCGUCGCAUUGUGCGUCGAUCCAAUUGCAAAUGGCUCUAUUGAGACACACUCUGAUUCCAAAAAUGACGAUUAUAUCAACAUGGUUUUUAAUGCAAAUGGAAAUACAGGCGACGAUCCAACAUAA